ACGGCGGCGGUCGUGUCAGACAAUCCUCCAUGAAGAUGACGAUCAAAUCAAUCCAAUCCAAUCCAAUCAUCCCUCCAUUUCUCUAAUUUUUUUGGUUAUUGAAUUCUGAGGUUAAGCAGCUGCUUCUUCAUGAUUCAAUAAUGGCCUUCCACUUCCAGAAAAGCAGCUGCACACUUCUGUCAGUUCAAUCUCGCCCUCAUCCUUCAACCACUCCAUUAAUGGCAGUUUCAAGCGCCUGCAGGAUUCGUCACUCGUUUCCUUCAAUUAAUGCUCCCAAUUUCGGGAAUUUUCGGUCAGUCAACAGUGCUCAACUACUGAUCGAUUUUUAUUUUUUAUUUUCCACCCAAAUGUCCAAAUCCAGCAGCGUAAUUUUCAAACCUACCUUUACCCACCGUUUCUUCCUGCCUCCCGCGCGUUUCGUUGGUGGUUGCUUCCUGCUGCCAACCAUCUCAUCGUUCCAGUACACUACAUGUGCCAAUUAGGGCACAGAAAUUCGGGGAAAACGAAACAAACAAAGUUGGGGGAGGAUUGACGAAGAAGCCAAUUAAUGCGAGCAUUCAACAACCCCUCAUCGUAGCCUCCAAGGUCGUUGCAGAUUGACUCAUCAAACGCCACACAAGAUGGUUCGUCCUCACACAAUAAGAACAUAGAACUAUGUUCCCAAGGAAGGCGUUGAGUAAUGGAGCUAGUAAUGGCGACGAGGAUGAAGAAGAGGGCGUUGUGUUGGCUGCUUUGCAGAAGUCUCCGACCUAUGACAGGGCGGGGAUGGCGCUUUUCAGGAAUGGUGCCGGGGAGCUUUCGUUGGUUGAUGUUCGGAGGAUCAAUGGGAUAGAACAGAAGCAGGUCUUGGAUAAGUUGGUUGGUUUGAUUAACGAGGAUAUUGAGGGGUUCUUCGGCAGAGUUAGGGAGAGGUUUGAUGCUGUUGGCUUGGAAUUUCCGAAAGUCGAGGUUCGAUUCGAGGAUCUUAAGGUGGAUGCACUAGUCCAUGUUGGGAGCAGAGCUUUGCCGACCAUUCCCAAUUUUAUUUUCGACAUGACUGAGGCUUUCUUGAGGCAGCUUGGGAUUUUCUCUGGAGGGAAAAAGAAUUUUUCUAUCCUGAAGAACAUAAACGGCAUUAUCCGCCCUUCGAGGCUGACCCUGCUUCUGGGUCCUCCUAGCUCUGGAAAGACGACGUUUCUUUUGGCACUUGCAGGUCGACUUGCAUCCAGUUUAAAGAUGUCAGGGAAAAUUACGUAUAAUGGUCAUAAUCUUGAGGAGUUCACUCCUCAGAGGACUUCAGCAUAUGCCAGCCAGCAGGAUUGGCACAUUGCUGAGAUGACGGUGAGGGAGGUUCUUGAGUUUUCGGGGCGUUGCCAAGGAGCUGGAUUCAAGAAUGACAUGCUCAUGGAACUUCUUAAAAGGGAGAAAGCUGCUGGAAUAAAACCAGAUCAUGACCUGGAUAUCUUUAUCAAGGCAGUAGUGUUGGGGCAGCAGACAAGUUUUCUUGUGGAGUAUAUCAUGAAGAUUUUAGGGUUGGAUAUAUGUGCUGAUACCUUGGUAGGAGAUGAAAUGCUAAAAGGUAUAUCUGGUGGCCAAAAGAAGCGACUCACUACUGCUGAACUGCUUAUGGGUGCUUCUAGGGUGCUUUUCUUGGAUGAGAUAUCAACUGGAUUGGAUAGCUCGACAACACAUCAAAUUAUCAAAUAUCUCCGGCACGCAACUCAUGCUCUUGAUUGUACAACACUUGUAUCUCUCUUGCAGCCUGACCCUGAGACAUAUGAGAUGUUUGAUGAUGUGAUUCUUUUCAGUGAGGGGAAAAUUGUGUAUCAGGGGCCUCGUGAAGCAGCUGUAGAUUUUUUUGCGUUCAUGGGUUUCAGGUGUCCAUCUAGAAAAAAUGUUGCCGAUUUUCUGCAGGAGGUAAUAUCGGAGAAGGAUCAAGAGCAGUAUUGGUUUCUCAAUAGUCAAUAUGAAUAUGUGCCCGUGGCAAAAUUUGUGGAAGGUUUUCAGACCUUUCAAGUUGGCAAUUCAUUGGCACAGGAGUUGUCCAUCCCAUUCGAUAAAUGCUGUAAUCAUCCGGCUGCCCUCACAUCCAAGACUUACGGUAUAUCCAGGGCUGAGCUUCUAAGUGUUAGUUUCUUGUGGCAAAUGCUGCUAAUGAAGCGGAAUGGUCCUGUCUUUAUUUUCAAGUUCAUCCAGCUGCUCCUGAUUAUAUUGAUUAUGAUGAGUGUGUUCUUCCGGACAACAAUGCACCGUAAUUCACUUGAUGAUGGAGGCGUGUACCUUGGUGCUCUUUACUUUGCUAUUGUCAUGAUUCUUUUUAAUGGAUUUAUGGAGGUGCCGAUGUUGAUAGCUAAGCUACCUGUUAUUUACAAGCACCGAGAUUUACGUUUCUACCCCUGCUGGGCGUACACUCUUCCCUCUUGGCUCUUGAGUAUUCCUCUCUCACUUAUAGAAUCCUUUUUAUGGGUAGCUGUUACUUAUUAUGCCAUUGGCUUUGAUCCUCAAAUCACUAGAUGCCUGCUACAGUUCUUCCUAUACUUUGCUUUACACCAGAUGUCAAUAGGGCUUUUCCGGGUGAUGGCAUCAUUAGGACGAAACAUGGUAGUUGCCAACACGUUUGGAUCCUUCGCAAUGCUGGUUGUCAUGGUCCUUGGAGGAUUUAUUCUUUCUAGAGAUAGCAUUCCAGUUUGGUGGAUUUGGGGUUAUUGGUUUUCCCCCAUGAUGUAUGCUCAGAGCGCUGCUUCUGUAAAUGAAUUUCUCGGCCAUUCUUGGGAUAAGAAAGCUGGAGACGGCACUACUGUGUCUUUGGGAGAAAUGUUGCUGAAGGUUCGCAAUCUAUUUCCAGAGGGCUAUUGGUAUUGGAUUGGUGUAGGAGCAUUAUUUGGAUAUAUGCUAUUAUUCAACGCCCUAUUCACUUUGUUUCUGACGUACCUAAAUCCAUUGGGGAGUCAACAGGUUGUUAUUCCCGGGGAGGAUAAUCAUCGCAUGAAAAACAAGCGGCAAAGGAGUGAAUCUGCCAUUAUUUCUUUUGGAGAGUUUUUGCAACACUCUCACUCCUUCACUGGCUUCCAGAAGAAAUCAGGAUCAUCUGUCAUUUCUUUUGGAGAGUUUUUGCAACACUCACACUCAUUCACCGGAAACAGCAUCACGAAACAUAAAGGAAUGGUGCUUCCAUUCCAACCUCUUUCAAUGUCCUUUCGAGAUAUCAGCUAUGUUGUCGACAUCCCCAUUGAAUUGAAAGGGCAGGGCAUUCAAGUUGAUCGGCUACAGCUACUGGCUAAUAUAACUGGAGCAUUCCGUCCCGGUGUGCUUACAGCAUUAAUUGGUGUCAGUGGCGCCGGUAAAACCACUCUCAUGGAUGUUUUGGCUGGAAGAAAAACAGGUGGACAUAUUGAAGGCAGUAUCUACAUUUCCGGAUAUCCCAAGAAUCAAGAAACAUUCGCAAGGAUUUCGGGCUACUGCGAACAGAAUGAUGUCCAUUCUCCUUGCCUAACUGUGCACGAGUCACUCCUUUUUUCCUCUUGGCUCCGACUCUCUUCUCAGUGUGAUUUUGCGACGCAAAGAGCAUUUGUGGACGAGGUUAUGGAACUAGUCGAGCUAACUCCACUGUCCAGACUGUUGGUCGGGGUUCCAGGGGUGAAUGGCUUGUCCGUUGAGCAAAGGAAAAGACUGACAAUUGCAGUCGAGCUCGUUGCCAAUCCUUCUAUUGUGUUCAUGGAUGAACCAACCUCGGGACUCGAUGCCAGGGCCGCUGCAAUCGUCAUGAGAGCUGUGAGGAACAUCGUUGACACUGGUCGGACAAUCGUUUGCACCAUCCACCAGCCAAGCAUCGACAUCUUUGAAUCUUUCGAUGAGCUGCUACUAAUGAAACGAGGUGGACAGCUCAUUUAUGCAGGUCCGCUGGGGACCAAAUCUGUCAAACUUAUUCAGUAUUUUGAGGCUAUUCCAGGAGUUCAAAGAAUAAGGCCGGGAUAUAACCCUGCAGCGUGGAUUCUUGAAGUUACUUCUUCUGCAGAGGAAAAUCGUCUCGGUGUGGACUUCGCAGAAAUUUAUCGCCAAUCUGAUCUUUUUCGGGAAAAUAACGAUCUCGUUGAGAGAUUAAGCAAACAAGAAAAGGAUUCAAAUGAGUUGAGCUUUCCGAGCAGAUAUUCGCUGUCAUUUUUUGGGCAGUUUCUCGCGUGCCUUUGGAAGCAAAACUUGUCGUACUGGCGUAAUCCACAAUAUACUGCCGUUCGAUUCUUCUACACGGUUAUCAUCUCGCUUAUGUUUGGAACAAUAUGCUGGAAAUUUGGUGCCAAAAGGGAAUCACAGCAGGACAUAUUCAACGCCAUGGGGUCGAUGUACGCAGCUGUAUUAUUCAUUGGAAUCACAAACGCGACAUCGGUUCAGCCUGUGGUUUACGUCGAACGAUUUGUCUCGUUCAGGGAGAGAGCUGCAGGAAUGUACUCCGCAUUACCAUUCGCCUUCGCCCAGGUUGCAGUUGAAUUCCCGUAUGUCCUCGUGCAGUCGCUCAUCUACAGCACCAUCUUCUACAGCAUGGCAUCAUUCGAGUGGAACGUUUGGAAGUUCCUUUGGUACGUCUAUUUCAUGUACUUCACGUUGCUUUACUUCACCUUCUUCGGAAUGAUGACGACCUCCGUCACCCCCAACCACAACGUCGCUGCUAUAGUCGCGGCCCCUUUCUACAUGAUGUGGAAUCUCUUCAGCGGCUUCAUGAUCUCCCACAUGAGGAUUCCGAUAUGGUGGAGAUGGUACUAUUGGGCGAACCCGAUAGCGUGGAGUCUAUAUGGGCUUCUAACAUCCCAAUACGGGGAUGUAACCGACACGGUGAAGCUCGCCGAUGGAGUUGAGGAAGUGAGAAUAAAACAGCUGCUGAAGGAUCAGUUCGGGUUCAGACACGACUUCCUCGGAGUCGCCGGAAUCGUCGUCGUCGGCUUCUGUGUGCUGUUUGGAGUAACGUUUGCAUUUGCCAUCAGGUUCUUCAACUUCCAGAGGAGAUAAAAAUGAAUCAAAAUCAUUCUUGGUUUUUUCUUGUCUUAAUUUUUUGCAUUUGUAUUGAUUAUAUAUAUAUAUAUAUAUUCAGCAUGGACGUGAGGUUGAUUUUUUUUUUUUUUUUUGUAUUACUAUUAUUUUGUGAGGAGGGAAUUAUUUGUAAGAAGGAAUAUAUAUAUACUGUCGAAGCAUUGGACUACAGUAAAGAUGGGAAUGUGUAAUUAGCGUUUGUUC